CGUGAACUUCCGAAUAAUUAAUUACUGGCACCUGUGGCAGUGCGGCGUUCCGGUUUGCAUCUGUGCCUACUUGGCACUUCGCAGCAGCCGUGCUAAGGGAACUCAUGGUGAACCUGCCCUUGGGAUAUCCGUUGCCAGCACCCACUACCUACCUACGCAAUGCACACCACACCUCACUUCCCCUCGAAAGCCCCCGUCUUCCCACAAUACACGACGUGAUACUUACCCCACGAUUCCACUCCAUUUGAGCUGCCACAGAAGGGCACACAGAAGGGCACCACUUCGUAAGAUUACCUUCUUGCAUUGUGCAGUAUCGCACAGCGACAGGAGGACCUUGACCCUCCGCUUUCACCUGCCGCGCACCCCGCCCCGCGGCUGUCUCUGGAACAAAGUGGACAGAAACAGUCCCCGAUACGAUAUGCACGACGACGAAGAGGAUACAAAUGCAAUUGAGGCUGAGAGUUCAGAUGGCUUUGAUGGAGACUCCGCUUAUGCGGGUUCCUCGGCAGGAAGCUUGACCGAAACUCUGGCGUCGACAAUCGCUCGAGGCAUUGAAGAGCAUGGCAGAACUUACGCAGCAUAUGGCAACGAGGAGUAUGGCCUUCCGAUUGACGAAGAAGAAUUGGAUCGAAUUGAUAUGUCCCACGCCAAAUACUCGAUGCUCCUAGAGAAACGAUUAUUUGUCGCUCCCAUCAAUCCCCAACCUCAACGGGUUUUAGAUAUUGGCACUGGAACGGGGAUCUGGGCCAUAGAAAUGGCCGACAAGUAUCCCAGCGCUGAAGUCCUAGGUCUAGAUAUUGCCCCAACUCAACCAUCGUGGGUGCCUCCGAAUUGCAUUUUUCAGAUUGACGACGUUGAAAUGCCAUGGACGUUGGGAGUGGAGACCUUCGACUACAUUCAUGCUCGGGACCUAUUGUUAUCCAUACGAGACUGGCCCAGACUCGUCGAGCAAUCAUUUGAUCAUUUGAAGCCCGGCGGAUACCUAGAGCUUCAGUGCGUGUAUCCUCGAAUACGAUGUGAUGAUGGCUCGACUCCGCCUCAAACCGGCCUCGAACAAUUCUCCGCCCAUGCUCAGGAAGCAUCCGUUAGAAUAGGUUGCCCUUUGGACGCCUGUACUCGAUACGCAGAAUACAUGUCGUCAGCAGGAUUCGAAGACGUUGUUGAAAAGAGAUUCAAAAUGCCCAGCGCACCUUGGGCGAAAGAGAAGAGAAUGAAAUUGAUAGGUGCCUUUGAGAUGCACAAUUUGUUGAAGGGUAUCAGUGGGAUGUCACUACGAAUGUUCUCGAAAGGAUAUGGUUGGUCGCGAGAGGAAAUUGAAGUCUUCCUGGUUCAAGUACGGAAGGAUAUUCAAAAUUUGAAGUAUCAUACUUACUACGAAUUCAUUGUUGUAUACGGUCGAAAACCUGGUGGGUCGGGAGCCACAGCGAAUCAUUCGAGUGUAUAGAUAAUCUCUUGUACAUUAUAUUAUAGUCUAAUCUAGUAACCUCAGCGCAGU